AUGGACGUGGAAAACCGUUUAAAGGCUUAUCGUUUUGUGGCCUAUUCGGCCGUCACUUUCUCCGUGGUCGCCGUUCUCUCGGUCUGCGUGACCUUGCCCAUGGUCUACAACUAUGUGCACCAAGUCCGCAGACAAAUGCACAACGAGAUCACCUACUGCAAGGUAAGUAUUUUUAUUAUUUGCUAUUUUGACCUGGCGACUCUUACUAAUUUUCUCGGUUCCAGGGAUCAGCCAAGGACAUCUGGGCUGAGGUCCAUCAACUCCGCAGUCAGCCAUUCGCCCCAGGAAACCGUACCGCCCGUCAGGCCGGCUACGGAGACUCUGGCGUUGGAGGUGGUAGCGCUGCCGCCGGUGGCGGAAGCUGCGACGGCUGCUGCUUGCCCGGUCCCCCAGGACCAGCCGGUACUCCCGGUAAGCCAGGUCGCCCUGGUAAGCCCGGAGCUCCCGGUCUCCCUGGAAACCCAGGAAAGCCGCCAGUCCAGCCUUGCGAGCCCGUCACCCCACCCCCAUGCAAGCCAUGCCCACAAGGACCACCCGGCCCUCCAGGUCCACCAGGACCCCCAGGAGAUGCUGGAGCCCCAGGUCAGCCCGGAAACCCAGGACAAGAUGCCGCCCCAGGAGAGCCCGGACCAAAGGGACCACCCGGUCCACCAGGACAGCCCGGUCAACCCGGAGCCCCAGGAGAACCAGGAGCCCCAGCCGUCUCCGAGCCAAUCGUCCCCGGCCCACCAGGACCUCCCGGAGACCAGGGACCACCAGGCCCACCAGGACCACCAGGACAGCCAGGAGCCGAUGCCGGACCAGGACCAGCUGGACCCAAGGGACCACCUGGCCCACCAGGACCACCCGGAAACGACGGACAGCCAGGACAGCCCGGUCAAGCUGGACCUCCAGGCCAACCCGGAGAGAAGGGAAUCUGCCCCAAAUACUGUGCCAUCGAUGGCGGAGUCUUCUUCGAGGAUGGAACCAGACGUCGUUAA